AUGUUCGGAGCCAUUGUUGCGGGCCGAUUGGUAUGUGAGCUGCCUAGUAUCCCCGGAAGAGCUGACAGAUCCAGCGACGAGACACACUUCGUCUUCCUGCUCGAGAACCCCUAUGAGAUUCACCACCUGACUGUCUUCCUGACAGGGACGCCCUUCCCCGAAGGCUACGGCGCGACGGUACACUAUGCGUGGCCGAACGCGCCGAACGACUGGAUUGCGCUGGGAGGACUGACGAAUGCGCGCCCCAGCGCAAUCUACAAAGUCAAUCCGCCCACGAAUCAAGCCCAGGGCCCUGCCCAGGUCGGAAUCGAGAUUGCGCCCCUGGCGGCCGUCGACGCGCUGGUUCAGCAGCGCGCAGCGAGUAGGGAGAAGGGCGCCGAGAUUGCAGCCAAGGUCGACGUUGGCAAGGUUGCCGAGAAAGUUGUCAAGAAUGAAAGAGAAGAGAGGGGGGAUAGUCCCGUUCUCGCAGCUCGCUGCUCGCUGCUCGCCGCACAUGUAGCUGACGUCCAGCUGUGGAACUACCUCCACUCCUUCGGCGACGCGCCGCUCACGCCGCAAACGCCCAUCCCGCUCUCAGUCUUCCAGAAGUGGUACGACAAUUUCACGCGCAAGCUCGGCAAUGACCGGGGCGCAUCCUUCCUCGACCGCGAGGAUUAG